GACGGUGACGGUGGGUCCCAGCUUCUUUACUGAUUGUACGGAGGUCGUGUGCUUCCUGACCUAGAUCUCAGAACUGAAACAAGUUUGGGGAUCUGAGUACUGCAUAUUGGGCUGCGACUCAACUUUCCUCCAUUGCCGCCGCCAGGAAUCGUGGGGAUAGAGGAACUAUGGAUCUGGGGCAGGGGAUGAACGAGGAGUGCUACAUCUCAUUGCAAUCAGCGGGGAGAGGAGUAACUUUCACAGAACUCCUUACCAUGGUUGCUACUGAAGCAGAGCAGUCUAAGUUCACCGUUGACCGGCACGCGCAAGUAAACGAGCAGAUGGUUGUUGGAUCUGCAGAGGAAAAUGAAACUGAAAAGUGCAUUGACAGUAGUGCAAAUCGAGCUGCAGGUAACAUUGAGGAAGGAUUUUUGGAUACAAAUCUGGAAUUUAGUACGGAGACAUUAACACAGCCAGGAGCUGCUUUCGAUAGAAGGGAGGGUAAUUUUGGUUCAAAAUUACCGGACGAAUCCAUAGGAACUAGCUGUUUCGUUGAUAGUUCAGUUAACUUUGGUGGUAGUAACUGCUCCGACGGUAUUUCUAAGGCUUCAUUCUCAAGAACAAUUUCCAAUUACCAGUUGGAGGAAGAUUGUGGGGCAACUGAUGUGACAUCGCAAGUAAGGGAAUUUAAUGGUGGUCUAAUAGAAGAGUCAAUGAGGAAAUACUGUGAAGAUAAAAAAAGCAUCAUGUUCGAACCUGAGGUUGGAAUGCAGUUUUCAUCUACAGAAGAAGCAUUCCAGUUCUACAUGUACUCCUGGGUGUUAGGGUUCAGCAUCAGAUUAGGUGAUAACUACACAACAAAGACAAAGCAAAGGACAAUGCAAGAAUACCUUUGCCAGCGACAGGUACAGGAGAAUACAAGUUAACUUUUAAAUCUACAAGGAAUUAUCUACGAAAAAAACUAUCUUAGUAAAUACAAUGCAUACUAACUGCAUAUACGAAAAAUGUUGUCGUAUACAUGGGAUGUGCUGACAUUUUAGAAAAAUGCGACAUACCGAAUAGUUUUCGAACACCAUCGGCAACAUUUUUAUACGGAACUUCGUGGAUGAUCUCGAAGAUCGGCCGCACAAAUCAGAUGGCUGAGUGCACAUCGGACAUGCCGUUUCUCCGGCCAUG